CAGGAAUCUGGACCGAACGACCACCCUGCAAUUGCUAUGUGACAUGGCAGAGGGCGUGGCUUAUCUGCACGGCAGGAACAUUGUCCACAGAGACUUAAAGCCGGAGAACCUUUUGGUGGAAAACUCUGGGCCGCGACCAGUUGUCAAGAUUGCAGAUUUUGGUCUAGCCCGUGUUUGUGGACAGACUGGCGCAGGCGGGUUUAAUAUCAACCAGUACUACAUGGACACAAUUGCUGGUACUCGGUAUUACUGGCCACCUGAGAUGUUACGGCAUAUGCUAGCACAGCAAGCCGACCAGGUGACGUACACCGCUAAGACUGACAUCUGGGCCAUGGGCAUCAUCAUAGCUGCCAUCUUGGAUCGGAUGAUAGACCCUUUAAGACCAGGAAAACUUCAGCCUGUCAUUCCAGUAGAUGAGCAAGCCAUGCCCGUGGCUGAGGCCAUCCUUAGGUACCCGGGUUUCCCCCUGGCAGACAUGCUGAUGAAGAGUGAACCACCAGGAUCUCGUGUCAAGGACCUAGCCCUGUCCAUGUUGGCAGUGAACCCUCACCAGAGGCCAACAUCUGACCAGGUCCUUCGCAGCCUCAGACACAUCACCAACCCAUCUAACAGGGCAAAUGUCCCAGGGCCUCCAGCAAUGCCGCCACCAGUUCCGCACAUUCCAUCGAUGCCUGCACCACCUCCUUACACCUCAUCGCUACCACCUUCUUAUUCGUCAGCGAUGCGCUCUCCUUGCCCUUUGGCAAGGCCCCCAUCACCUAUGCACACCGUUGUGGAGAUCCCGGUUGAGAGUUCAGAACGUGACUCUGAAAAUCAGACAUCUUGGAUGGCCUGCUGCUGUGCUGCAUGUUGGAAGUGGGACUCGGACAAGAAGUUUUACUCCCUGGCUGGGAAAGGUCUCGGAUGGGUGAUUGUGCUGCUGAUCAUGUGGGUUAUUGCCAUCGCAGUAGUGUUUUAUCUUUUUCCCAUCUUCUUUUGCUAUUACUUGUAUUGUCAUAAGCAUUGUUGUGAUGACUCCUAAUUCUUCAGUUUCCUUUCAAUUGUGUUUACUCGAAUCUGACAUUCUUAGACUUACUGACCAUUGACCGUUUGCAAAGGAGUCAUGAUUCUCAUGAAACAAGACUGGUACAGCACUGCAUGGGCCCAACAGUAAUGACAAAAUGGAGAAAGAUACAACUAAUUCUCUGGGAAACUGAAACAACUUUUGGCCCUGUGCAAAGAAUGUAAAGAUUACCAAGAAUACAGUGCCAUAGAGAUAAAUCCCAGGCUACCAUAGUGUCAAUGGAACGAGGGACUUACAUUUUUUGUCGUGUUGCAGCCAGCUGUGACGUCAUGGGCAGUACCUGCUUGUCCAUAAGUCUGUAACAUAUUCUAUAACAUAGAAUAGAUUGGUGGCAUACAAACUGGAACCUGACACGUAGGUCACUGC